UAACUAACUACCUAGUUACGUUUACCUACAUUUACUUUCCACAACUACGAACCUUGUGAAAUUGACACAAUUGAUUCUGAUCUCAUCCCUCCAAAUAACCCACCCACCUAAAGUGCGACAAACACGCUCGUUAAAACCCCAAAUACCAACAUCAUCAAUCAUUUACAUAGCACCAACUUUUUAUAGCCCAGCCUACUAAAAGUUGUUUGCUGUUUUGAUAUUUAAUUCCACCACACCGUACAAAUUCCUCUCUCGACGUACCCACACAACGAUUAGUGCUGGGUUCGUCGAGUUUUUUCUUGUUUAUGUCGACGCCUCUGAAUUAAAUUCUUGCCUGGAUUUGUUGUAGGAGAACGUGACGAGAGAAAGCAAGACAUAUAAAUUUAUCCUAAAGAUGGCUGUAACGGAUCCUGGGGCGUCAUCUAUCACGGUCGCAGUCCGAGUGCGACCAUUUACCAUCAGAGAAGCCGCACAACUGCACAGGAAUGACGAUGGAACGAUAUUCCUAGGAGAUGGCUCAUUGGCAGCUGCCCCCACACCGAAACUUAAGCAAAGUGGCAUUCGCUCCGUUAUUAAAGUGGUCGACGACAGGUGUUUAGUAUUCGACCCUCCUGAGGACAGUCCAGUUCAAAGGUUCUCGAGAUCGGUGGUACCCAACGGCAAAAAGGUCAAGGAUCAAGUCUUCGCAUUCGACCGAAUAUUCGACGACAACACAUCACAAACAGAAGUAUACGAAGCAACAACCAAGACCUUGCUAGACAGUGUCCUCGACGGCUACAAUGCGACUGUGUUUGCAUACGGAGCUACAGGAUGCGGCAAGACGCAUACCAUCACGGGCACAACCCAGAUGCCUGGUAUUAUAUUCUUGACCAUGCAGGAGCUCUUCGAGAAGAUUAGCGACCGCAGUGACGAGAAGCACACUGAAAUAACAUUAUCGUACUUGGAGAUCUACAAUGAAACCAUUCGAGAUUUGCUAGUUCCCGGAGGCAGCAAGCAGGGAUUGAUGCUCCGCGAAGAUAGCAAUCAGGCUGUCACUGUAUCAGGUCUCACAAGCCACCACCCCAAGGAUGUUCAAGAAGUUAUGGACAUGAUCGUUAAGGGGAAUGAAUACCGAACGGUGUCGCCAACUGAAGCGAAUGCUACUUCGUCUCGCUCACACGCCGUUCUUCAGAUUAAUGUAGCCCAAAAGGACCGCAACGCAUCCGUAAACGAGCCUCACACCAUGGCUACUCUGAGCAUCAUUGACUUGGCAGGCAGUGAACGAGCCAGCGCCACCAAGAACCGAGGUGAACGACUCAUGGAGGGUGCCAAUAUCAACAAGUCGUUGCUUGCAUUAGGCAGCUGUAUUAACGCCCUCUGCGAUCCACGAAAGAAGAACCACGUACCCUAUAGAAACAGCAAACUCACCCGACUUCUCAAAUUCUCCUUGGGUGGUAACUGUAAGACCGUCAUGAUUGUUUGUGUCAGUCCCUCGAGUGCACACUUCGACGAGACUCAAAACACGCUUCGAUACGCCAACCGAGCCAAAAACAUCCAGACUAAGGUGACGAGAAACGUGUUCAAUGUCAACCGACACGUCAAGGAUUUCCUAGUCAAGAUUGACGAGCAGAUGGCGUUAAUCAACGAGCUCAAGGCACAGCAGAAGGAAGCAGAGCGAAUAUCAUUCGCCAAAUUCCAAAAGCAGCUGGAAAAGAAGAAUUACUCGGUCAAGGAGGGGGUGCAAAGAAUUAAGACGGCAUACGAAAACUCGGAAGGCGAGAGGCAAGAGAAGGUUAACAUGAUGAAGAAGCAGCGCGGAAUCGAGCGCCGCAUCAGCCUUUUAUCAUCCUGGAUCGCCGCAUUCGACGCAGUCUGCGACGGGAAGGAGGACGAGGACGUGAUGCCCCCGAACUUGGUAGCAAUGCGCAAGACAGCAGUGGGUAUCCAGUUAGAACUCGAGGACAGCCGACAACACAUCCACCAGAGGCUGAAUAAGAUGCAUUGGGAGCGCGCUAUUGACGGAGCUCUCCAACAUAGUAUCAGCCAACUCCCUGGAGACAGACAUGUGGAUAAUGGUGAAAUCGAGAGUCUAACAAGAGAAGCUGAGCUGUGGAAAGCCAAGUUCGCCCGAGAAGCUGACCGCGAAGUACUUGAACAAGAUAAGGCAGGUGACGCGGGAAUUAUGCAAGUUCUCUUGACUGCCCAAUUUGAGAUCCUCACGUCACUCUCAGAAACGAUCAACAUGAGUGAAGAAGAAGCAGUCGCCCACGCCAAAAGCAUCAUCGGCCGUCUAUUAGAAGUCGGUUACUCAGCCACCUCGCAAGUCGUCAAGCCUGAUGGGGCUAAAAUGCCAGUCGAGGCCUUCCCACCUACGAAGCGUGGCACGCCGAAGCGGAAAAAGACCGCCAGUUUGGGUAAGGAUGCUUUGAAACCUAUCCCUAACCCUGUAUUUGGGGCUGUUGCGGGCUCUCUGCCCCAACCGACGUUCGGUUCUCCCAUGAAGGGCUCUCCGAGACGCCGUAAAGUCCUUAAUACACGUAAGGGUGUUUCGUUUACACCAAAGAAAAAGUCUCCUUCAAGACGUGCAGUGCGAUGGCGUGAUGAUGACGGUGAAUCAGGGACCCUAGCAGACUUCGAAAAGACUCCCCAGCGGUUCGAUUCAUCGCCCCAGCGUAUCUCACCGGCGAAGGCGAUUCCCACAGCUCCUAUCCCAUUCUCUCUACACAAGGAUAGCUCUGCGGACGAGUCAAGUCCUUCCAUUACCCUCCCUGAGACGUCAAGUAUCCCCGUUUCGAAGCCUAACAGGUUCCAGGCCGGAUUCCUGUCAAAAUCUCGUCCCUCGGAAAUCGGCGGAUCACCUACUGCCCCGACCAUAUCCAUAAACCUCACUUCGUCCGAAAAUGAGGAGAAACCUAGCCCGCUACGGAAUCUAGAUGUAUCUAGGGCCGGUAACAUCGGCUCGCCUAGAAGGCGUAUUUCGUCGCUAAGUCCUUCAUCCAUACCGCAGCCUCGCUUCACUUCCUUCUCGUCAGAUGAAAACCACGCCCCCUCUUCCGACUCCGAGACAUCCUUGAUUGACACAUCUAAGCUUCGUUCCGCUCUUCACGCAAGCAAAAGGCCCAAGCGACUCUCAUCGUUAGUAGGAAUGGUACCGGGACCGGCUGCAAACGGUAGGCGCGUGUCUUCUAUUGGCUCCCUUGGUAGCACCCACAAGCCCAACCACAGUUAUUCUGGCCCGUUGGCAUCAACCACUAACGGCAUAUCGCGUCUCCGACGUAGCAGUGGUGAGAGGCGUAGGAGCCCACCCAUCAGCUGUUCACCUCCAGACAUGGGAGUUAGAGACACCAAGGCAUUCACUCCCGGUCAAGCCAGGCGCAUGAACCUCAGCAAUAGCGUGCGAGCACCUGGCCUGCUGAGCCCGAGCGAACGAAGGGAGAUGAUGGAAGCUGGAGGGCACGGUGGCCGCAGUCGUCGCAUUACUAUUGGAGGCGCUGGGGUCACCGGAUCCAGGAAGGAUAAGGGUUCGGGUUGGCGAUGAGCUGAUGGACUACCGAAAACAUUCUACGGCUAGUGAUUGACGAAGGGUGGGAGUUUAUCGAUUUGGGUGGAUGCUUGCUUACUAGGAGUUUGUGGGUUUUCAUCAACAUAUCCUCAUUUUCCUCAUGAUAUGAUUUGAUAUGGUGGGGACGGGUUGUUGGCUUUCGACGUUACAGGCUUACAUGUUAGUACCCAAGUACCUACCUACCAGUAUAU